GAAAAGGAGAAGCUGACCUCUGAUCCUGCCACACCUAAUGAGGAGACAUUGCCAAAAGUUCCACUAGAAUCACUAGAAGUUCAGGCUGCCGGCGCCUCAAAGACAUUGAGCUUGGAGGGCCAGAGCCAGGGCCUCUGUCCAAUUGCCACUAGCUGCCCGAGGGAGGCGGCGUCCAAGAAUUCGGAAUUCAAUCCCGGUCAUGAGAACAAGAAUCAGCAGAAGCAGGUCGUCCCGUUUGUUGCCGUCAAGAAGGAACUGGUCAAGGUGAAGCGUGAGCUUUGCGCAGCAGACAAGACAGAGAUAGCAGAAGAGAUCUCCAAGUAUGCAGACAAAAUCGCGAAACGCGGGGAAUACCUAGAUGUAGCAGAUGCUGAGCUUUUUGCGCAAGAACAUCAGAAAUAUUUGGCGAUUAUCUUCGAUACACGUGAAGACUUAGAGCCCGUGCCAGCUAUGAGGAUUCUGGAUUCUAGGAUGCCGGCAAGCCUUGGGUUGGAGGGACCUGAGGAGAUUCACCGUGAAUCUCCGAAACAGUGGUGCCUGUUGAGCACAAACGCUCUUUACGAUCCUGAAAGUCUCAGAAACCAUUGGUUACCUUGUUUCUUCCGUGAGGGAAUGAACAAGGCUACUUGGGACACUUUGAGAAGUCAGAUUGAAUCUGAUACAAGACAGGAGCUUCAAGACAUCGAAGCUUGGAUUGUGCAGUUGUCCAAUCAGAAACCUCAGAAGAAGAAGAAGACCACGGAAGAAUUUGACCUGAAGGAGCGACAAAAACAGUCGCUUUUCCUGCAAGCCGUCUCUUUUCAUGAACCCUGA